AUGGCUACGAACUUUGGGGUAGAAUGUCAGUACUUUUACGAGGAUGUCGUCUACCGUGUGGACAAAAAAGGUAACGUUGUAUUCGGGAUCGUUAUGGAAAACGACGACCAAGAUUUGUCUGAGGAAAGUUCUGACAGUGAAGAGAGUCCAAAAAGGAAAAAGGGCGAGAUUCGCGUGGUCUGGCAUCCCUCCGGUGUCUCGGAACUGGUCAGCUCGAAGAAGGUUCACUUAGCGGAUAGAACACUGAUGCCAGGAGAUGUUGUACGUCGAAUGAUCAAGGGAAAAGAUACACAAAGGGGAUAUUGCAGAGAUAUUGAGCUUACUGCUUGUGUUCAAGUGAUCGGUACUAAACAGGUCCUUACAAAUAUUAGAAGCGAAGAUUUAGUACCUUUGGAAGAAUUUGCAACAGAUAUAUCUGUUUGUAUGGAUUCAUGGGUUGGUGGUAUAAAAAUGGCACAUUUUAAAUUAUGGCUUACUACACCAGAUGGAUCACGAUGUGUUAUAAACGAAAUGGAUUCUCGUGUGUUGGGCCAAUUAGAAGAAAAACGUGAUAAUGACAAUGAUUUUCCUCGUUCUUUUGAAUUUUAUCCUGGUCAAAAUUUGUGGGGACCAGUUCACUGCCUAGAGGAUGCACAGUGGAUUACGUGUACAAAAGAAAUGAAAGCAAAGAGGAAAACUAAACCACAAAAGAUGACAAAAGUAAUAGUAGAAAAGGUAGAAACAGAUUGGGUAGGAGUACAUUGGCAGUGUAGAGCAUAUUCAAAGGAUGGCGCUUGGUCUGAUCAAGCUCAACCAAAAUUUGUAGUCGAAGGAGAAAAUUUAAAGAAAUUAAAAUUAUUAAAUGUUUUCGAGUCUUCGACUGUACAAGUGGGAGAUCGCAAUUUCUAUGUAAUUAAAGGUGAUGAAAAUAUUAUUACCCGAGAACAAUGGAGGAAGCAACAGAAAGAUAUGUAUCAAGUUCCUAAACAUAGUCCAAAGAAAACACGUCCAAAUAUCAGUGUUACAAAGCCGGUCGAAGAUAAAAGAAAAGAUAAAGUUAGCGAACAGCAGGCAUUAGAAGAGAAUGCUCAAAACAAUAUUAACAAUUUACAAAAUGUGACAAGUAGUAACACUUUAAUGCCUCCGAUACACAAUCAAAAUACUGAAAGUUCUGAUGAUUGGGAUACGGAAGAUACAGGUUCGCAAAGCGAUAGCGCUUCGAUAUCUAGUGGAUGUUCAAGCAUGUCUUCUAUGGGUAAAAAGAAAAAAGGUCCUGCAUUAAUGACAAAAGUAUUAAAGAAAAAAAAAUUAUGUAAAGCAAAGAAGAAAGUACCACCAGUUCCGCUUAUCCCAGGAACUAAAAUUGUUGUAGAAACACUAUCUACAAACACGAAAGCUAAUGUUGUAUGGCAGGAUGGUUCUGUAGAAUUUGGUAUUCCAUCAACACAACUCUAUCCAAUUCAUCACUUAGACGACAAAGAAUUCUUUCCGGGUGAUUUUGUAGUUGAUCAGAAAGAAGAAUCACGAAUGUAUGGUGUAGUCCAAAGUGUUGAUCACCAAGGUAGAACAGCUAAAAUAAAGUGGUUCAAAACAUAUACUUCAAGUCAGAGUCCACAACCAACUUUACUAGAAGAACGUGAAGUCAGUGUGUAUGAUUUAAAAGAUCAUCCAGAUUUUCAAUACAGACCAGGUACAUUAGUAAUUCGAAUAGCUAAUUUCGAAGGAGAAGAUGCUGGAUGUACUGCGGGUCAAGUGUUAGAUAAUUAUCCAGAGGGACGAGUUAAAGUUUGGUGGGUUGAUGGACAUGUAAGUAUGUGUUGGCCUCAAGAUCUCUACAAAGUAGGGGAAUACGAUAGCGACGAAGGAGAGUUAUGGGACGAUGUGUCAUCUGAUGCGUCAUGGGAAACGGAAUUGGAAGAUUGCUUUAUCGCUGACACCGAUGCUACAGAACAAACGGAACUAGAAAAUAUCAAGCCAAAAUUAGCCGCUCAUAUCGAGAAAGCUCGUAUCUCAUUGUCUAGAUUGGAAGAGAUCUUUACUCAGAAUCCAUCGCUUCAAACAACUGAAGUUAUGAGAAGAUUAUUGGAAGUGUACAAAGAUUGUCGAUAUAUGGAUAAACUAAUGGGUACAUCUUUCUUCCAUGAAAGCCAUUUUCAAGGAUUAUUAGAAAGAGUUAGAGAACGUGGCCGAGCAAAUGUAGCGCAACGUAUGGCGGAUCAAGUGACGAGAUUGUUUACUCAUAAAUCUGAUGGGUCAGAGGAAGGUAUAGAAAAGGAGAAUAGUGAAAAUUUUAAUAGUGUACAGUCUAGAAGUAGUCCUAGUGAAAAAAUCAUUACCACUGUAACAGAUAUGACUGAAUCUCCUGAUAAUAAAAACGAUGACAGCAACAAAAAGAAUGCAAAAGGUGAAGAUUCAACUGAUCGAUUGUUUAUCAAUACUAAUCCUAAUCCUGAAGAUUCUGGAUUGUAUUCUGCGGAGAAUUCAAAAAAGGAAUCAGGUUCGAGCGAGUCGAGCGGUGAAUUUUUACUUAGCGAAGAUGUAAAUAACAUCCCUGAUCGUUCAAUGGAAAAAAUUGAAUCAAAUAAGGCUAGCAGAAUGCAAAUGAAUAUGAGCUCUCACAUAGCCAGUUCUCAAGUUUGCGUUAAACUUUGUACUCUGAUAAAAGCUCAGCUUGUAUUAGCGCAUGCAGAAGUUUCUAAACGGUUUGGAUUAUCGAAAAUGAGGUUAUUCGACGCUGAAAAAGGUUCCUCUCCUUUGAAGAAACAGAAGAAAGACGAGGAAAAGCGUAUAGAAUUAUUACAGGAAUCGUCUGAAUGUUCAAUUGAAGUUCCACCGCCAGUAUACAUGGAAGGAGAAGGAUUUUCUAUAGAUGAAACUGCGCCGGAUAGUCAUAAAUUUAAGUUAACAAUGUUUCAGCCUACAGAUCCUACAAACUUUUUUAGGACUGUGUCUAAGGAAUUAAAACUCUUGAAGAGUUCCCUUCCACCUGGCAUAUGGGUAAAAGGAUUUGAAGAUAGAAUAGAUUUGUACUCGGUAAUGUUCCGAGGCCCUGAAAAAACACCAUACGAAGAUGGACUUUUCCUUUUCGAUUUUCAAUUGUCCGCCGAUUAUCCUGCUGCACCACCACUUUGUCAUUACAUUUCUUACUGUAACGAUAGAUUGAAUCCUAAUCUCUACGAGGAUGGUAAAGUAUGUGUAAGUUUACUCGGAACUUGGUCCGGUCGUGGAACAGAAGUAUGGACAAGCUCUUCGACUCUGUUACAAGUUAUAGUUUCUAUUCAAGGACUGAUCCUCGUACCAGAACCAUAUUUUAACGAGGCUGGAUUUGAGAAACAGAAAGGUUCUCAACAGGGAAAAGAGAAUUCAAGAAUGUACAAUGAAAUGGUUGUAUUGAAAUUGGUUCAAGCACAAACUAAAUUGUUACAGCAUCCGCCACCAGUAUUUAAAGAUAUCAUUAUUGAACACUUCAAGAGGCAUGCAAAGAAACUUCUACAACGCUUAGAUUUAUGGAUGGAAAUUUCUGAACAGCAUAACAAUCAGCAUCCAUUAUCUCCAGUAACACCUACUACUUUCAAACAAAUAUCUGACCUUGAUAAGAAAAUUUUACCAGAAUUUCCAUUAAUACCAGCGUCUAGAGGCUUUUGUAUAACACUCCGUAAGACUUUGGCUACCUUUAAAAAUGUACUAAUUAACGAAGGUAUUAUAGAAAGAGACAAUGAAACACUGGAUCGUGAGAAUGUUAAACAGCAACCAAAAAAUGAGUGUCACGAAUCUUAUAACGUGGUGUAUCGUAACAGUAAAAGAAUCAUCAGUGAAGAAAGUAGCAAAUUAACGUUGAAUGGAGGAAUAUCUAAGGACUGUAUUUCAUCAUCCUCCACGAAUAUUUCUUCUCCGCCACUAUGCGAAACGAAGAAGAAUACUUCGGAUCAUACCAUCAGCUAGCCACAAGAAAUGCCGCUGUCAUUGCUCCGCAACUAGGUAAUACUUGUUACUGUAGAGUAACCAUUAUAGUAACAUAUAAAAGUAAUAAAAUACGAUGACAUAUAGACACGUGCGGGCAAAUUUUGUUGUUGUAUACAAUUCGUAAAUUUCUCGGGAUUUAUUCAUUUUUAAUGUUAUAUAAAAUAUAUAAUAACGGAAUUAUAUAUAAUAUAUAACAUUGUUAAUAAUUAAUAUUUGCCCCGAGGAUAAAUACAUACGGGAUACUACACGCAUUUAGUUCUGUAAUUUUCUGCAAUAAGAGUAAAAGCGUUCCUCGGAAACGCAAUAAAAACUUGACUGAAUUAUUAAAAACAAAGAAAAAAGAAAUCAAUGUCGAGGCAAAUAAAAUCAGGUAAACUAAAGAACAUCGUUAUUCCGUAACAAAAAAAAAAAAAAAAGAAGAAUUAAAUGAAAGGUAAAGUAACCGGUAGCAAUACGUUGAGCCAACAUGAGAACACUUUGCAAUAGAGUUAAGAGACACGAUAAUAAUAGCUAUUAAUUCUAAAUGCAUUUCAAUGAAUACACUUCGAAAUAAUAAUGUCACAGACUUUAAAAGUAAUCCAUUAUCCUUUCAACUACCUUGAAUCAUUAUGCCAUCCACUAAUACAGUAUUUCAAAUAAAGAUUACGAAGUGGUUUUGAUUGCAUAUAGGUUUUAGCUUAGAGAAACAAAGAUUCGUAUUUAGAUGAGAACCUAUGAAAGCUAUGUCUAACGUUAGACACUUUUAACGUAACUUGUAAAUUAUAAUAUUAUUAGAUGCACGAUUAUCAACACUAACAAUUUUCUUCAUUGAUGAUUUAUUUCGUACGUUUGUAGAAAAUUAUGUUUGCGAUGUUCAAUUUGUUUUUUUUUUUUCUUUUACGAAUAAUUUAAUAACAAAGUACUUAGUAUUAUUAUAUAUUCAAUGGCAGAGAAUGUUGAUACUUAUACAUAUAACGUACAGUAUUACUUAUAUUUAUUUUAUUUUAUUUCUAUACUCCCUAGUGUAAUAUAAAACAUAUUUGCUUAUUAUGAGGGGGUUGUUUCUAUAAAUUUUCAAAUGAAUGUAUCUACAAAUAUGGUACUUAAUACACGUAACAUUUGUGCGAAAAUGCAUUCUAGAGAAAUAUAUUGCUCACAACGAAAUAAGAAAGAGAGAUCAACAGUUAUGUAACUAUUUGUAUUAACACAAAAUGAAUAUUCUUUGUUUUCUUUUCUGGUUAUAUUGUACUACUACAUUUUAUUCAUAUUAAUCAGUAUCACAUUUUAGUUAUUUUUCUCCUUAAAGUAUAUAUAUAUAUCAUAUGUAUAAUAAUUAUUUUAAAGGAAUGAAAUUCCAUUGAAAGUUAUGUAUAAAAGUUAUAUUUUUCUAAAAGUUAUGGCUUAAUUCCAAAAUACUUGUAUAUUGUUUAAGUUAUAUUUAUAUAAUACAUUUUUUAUUUAUAUACUACUUACAUAUAUAUAUAUAUAUUAUAUGUGUUAAUAAACGAUCGUCAAAUUUUUGUUAUUAGAUGAUGCUUGAUCUUAUUAAUCGCUUAGCUGAAGGUAUGAUUUCAAACUAACACGCUGCAUUGAUUUUUUUACGGCCCCGGGUUAGUGUACAGUAAUUUAAAAAAGAAAAAAUUUGUGUUCAGAGACCGAUAAAAAAAGUUACCCUUUAAACCAAGAAUUUAACGUGUAUACAUAAUAUACUUUUGUCUGCAUGUUGUUUCAAUCGUAUCGCAGAACGAUUUAUAUUAUGUUGAAUAUUUAUCAACAUAGAAUAGCACAAAAAUUUGAGUGUUAAAGAACGUAAUACAAUCACGUAUACAGCACUGCAUAUCGAAGAAUGUCUAAUCUGCAAUGAAUAUGUAGGUUUUGAUAUUCUUGGAUCAAAUUGCAGUAUCUUAAAAAUGCGAUGGUUUUGGAAUUCUUACGCCAGAAGGGCGCACUUGACACGGGUACAGAGGCAAGAUUUACAAAAGAAAACGUACUUGCAUGAAAGUUUCUUUGAAGUCAUAUGGUGCUGGAUAAUAUAAACCAAAAAAUAAGAGGAAAACUCAGUUAUCUCCAGGAAACUACAGUUUCCAGUGAGAAGAAAGAAAGAGCGCGCGCGAAAGAGAGAGAGAGAGAGAGAUUGUGUGUAUGUAUAAGUAGAAAGAUAGUAAAACUAUACAUAUAGCUGAAGAAAUUAUGAGAAAGGGGGAAAAAAAUGCAAAUGCUGCCCUUUAAGGUAAAGAGGAGCUUGUUAUAUGAAAGGUGAUGUUUUGGAAUGCCUUGUAUAUGUGCCAGCUAUUUCUAUUUACAUUACUAUGAUAAUUAUACUUGUAAGUUGCAUAAAGCUUUAUUUCGGUUGUAAUUACUUUGAUGUUAUAUUAAAAAAAAGAAAAAAAAAACAAAAGAAGCAUAUUUAAUUAUUCGAGUCAGUAUACAAAGUUUAGAUGCCAACAGUUAAUUUAUGAUUGUUUAAAAAGAAAAACACGACUAAAGUAACGCUAAUCAUUAUUAUAUUUAUUGUAACGCUAUGAUAUUGGCUGCCAAAGUGUUAAAAAUUGAAAAAAAAAAAAAAA